UAAAUUUUCUGUAGACAAAAUUAAGUAUUUUGUUUAUUUACUCUUUGUUUCUAACUUUUGUUAAAAACAUCUAUGCCGUGACUUUAAGAACUUUAACUAUAAACAAAAAUGCUUUUUAAUUCUUUUCUUUGUCUUGUUUUAUUUCCCUAUCCCCCCAUCACAAUAACAUAUAUAUAGAUUUAUACUAACUCAAUUUUAAAUUGAAUUUGAUAAAUUAAUCAUUAACUUUUUUUCAUGUUCUUUUGAAAUCCAUAUUGUCUGUCAUAUAUUAUUUCCUUCAUUAUAUAAUAGAUGACUUUAAAUAUUCUUAUAUGAUUUCCUUCAACAAAAAUGUUGCUAAAUACGGAAAAGGUAAGAAAACAUAUAAUAAAUGACCUAUAAUAUUCUUGAUACUGAAAUCUAAUACAAUCGGAAAAAUAUGCACCACACGAAACGAAACAUUUUGGCACUCAAAAGAUUGGCGUACAAAGAGAUGUUUUAAAAAAAAAAGUCUUACUUUAAUUGUAUUGAUUCAUUAAUAUCAUAAAGGAAAAAGCAAUAAAUAGUAAAUAUCCGACCAAAAACUUGCCGUGGUGGGCAAGGCUACCCUCUAUACUAAUGGAAAGGUUUUAGGAGGAGAAGAUGGAAUAUUAUCAAUUCUCUUAGAGCUGUCUCGGUUUCUUUUUCCUAAGAACAUUCAUGUCUUUGUUUCUUACCCGGCUCUUGAGGCUCCGCCUUGUGAAACGUGCGUUGGUGAGAAGAUCCUCCUCUGUUUCUCUUUUUAUCUCUAACGGCUUCUCAACUUCCUUGCGGCAAACCCCUCCUUGUUCCGUCAUGGGCGCUAGACCUUGUGGAGACGAUCUCGGAGGACUCAUAGUUGCCUAUGCAGAUACACAUGCCUGGACUGAACUGGACAAAAUGGUACGUCUGGAGUUGGUGUGUAACAGUAUUAAUCAUGGAAAAACGCUAACGAUCGGGGCUUCUCAUGGGUGGGUAGCUAGUUUGAAGGAAGAUGGAACCCUGUGUCUCCAAGAUGAUCUAAACCCGUAUGCAUCGUAUACAGAUCCUAAACGCAUCCCUCUGCCUCCUCUUGUGACUCUGCCACAUUGUCAAACCAAAAUCAUCACCAACGUUUCAAUGUCCUCAUCUUCUCCAGAGGACGAUGAAGACUGUGUCGUGGCUGUCAAGUUCUUGGGACCUCAGCUCAGCUUUUGCAAACCAGCCGGUAAGAGUCGUAAACCAAAGUGGACCAGCAUCAAGCUCGAGAACCCUUGCUUCUAUUCCUCCCGUGUCAUGUUUUCCAAGAAACACAACAUGUUUCGUAUUCCGGGAUCUGGAGGCCACCUCAUCAGGUCAUGGGACCCCUGCAAUCCCAGCGAUGACCCUAAGCUUCAGAGCGUGCGGUUUACUAACAUUCCCAAGCUGACCAACGCUGAACAUAAUGUUAUGGAUUCGUGCAGCAAGAGCGAGCACUUGGUGGAGUCACGACCCACUGGUGAGACAUUCUUAGUUAAGCAGUACAAGAAGCUAGCCGAGAACGAUGAAGGUGUUGCCAUAAUGAAACCAAAUUUUUUAAUGGUGUACAAGCUAGAUGAUGAAGGAAACGCAGUUCAGACUCGAGACAUGGGAGAUCUCGUCAUGUUCAUCUCAAUGUCUGAACCUUUUUGUGUGCCUUCUACUUCUUUUCCUGGCAUGUAUACUAACAACGUUUACCUCUAUGAUUAUGAUGAAAACGGAUAUGUGGAUGUGGCUGGCACCCCCUUCGACAUGGCUAGUGCAAAAGGUCCACUUUAUUCCCCUUAUCAUAUUCCACCUCAAGAUAUCGGCAACUAGUUUUGCAACUGUCUUGUUUAUGUUCUCUGUGAGAUGUUUAAUGUAUUCUCUUUGGAGAUAUUUUUAAUCUUAAGACAAAGAAUCAUAAGUUGAUGAUGAUGAUGUUUUGUUCUGUUUUUCUUACAAGCUUUGAGUCACAAGAACCUGCCUGAUGAAAACCAUGUGCUAAGACUUCAUGCAUUGCCAUAGUAAAGCUUUUGCGGCCACCCUUUGCUCCUAUGAACAUACUUUUUUUCUUUCUGUGAGAACAAUAUCAAGCUAAAACAAUCAAGUGGUUAGUAAUGA